AUGCCGCGACCAAAGCGGGCGCGGAACGCGGCGCCCUCCAACGCGACCAAGGCGCAGGAACCGUUGAGCGACACAGACCACCUGGACGAGGAGCGAGGACGCGCUAGGGGCCGUCGCCGGACCACGCGAUCCAUGGGCUCUCGCCUGAGCCUCGGGGAGGAGCAUGCAGUCCGGGAGGCAAACCGCGCACGCGACGCCGCGCUGGACAGGCUGGCCAACGAGGAUGCCACCAGCACCACGGCGGGCGGCAGCGGGCAGACGGCCGGUGACGACACGAGGAGCUCCGUCGAGAUUGGACGACGCGCCAUGGCCACGCCCGCGAUGCGCCGCGACACCACCGGCCUGGACCUCGCCGACGACGACGUGUUCGGCGACCUGGACGAGAGCUUCGCCGACGGCGAGAUCCCCCGCGGCGGCGGCGGCGGCGGCGGCGGGCGCUCCGCCGACAGCACCUCGCUGUCCUUUAGCAGCUUCAAGCCCAGGUCGCGGCAGUCGAGCAUCAUCGGCCGACACGACCCUCCCAUCCGCCCCAGCAGCAGGGGCCCCAACACGCCCGGCGUCGGCUCCUCCUUCAACAUCGGCGUCUUCAGGAGGCGCGCCCGCGAGCCCUCCAUCCUGGGCACGUCACGGCGGCCUAGGUCCGAGGCGGGCGGCACCACGGCCAACAACUCUGAGGUGGAGAGCGAGGGCGAGUUCGAGCCCCCCGAGGCGGAGUCGACGCCGCUCAACGCCAGGCGACGCACGCGCAAUAGCAUGCGUGGGGUCCGGGGUAGCAGUCAGUCGGCGGAGCCUGCGCCCGCGCCCGGGGCAGGGUCUAGGAAAAGGAAGAGCGUGGAGUCACACGAGGAGGGUGUCCGGCCAGAGAAGACAUCGCGGGUCGAGCCCGAGGAGCCUCAACCGCAGCUCGUCGACGACGACGAGGGCAGCGACUCGGAGCUGUCCGCCAUCGCCUCGUCGCCCUCCCCCCCGCCGCCGGGAUUCUUUCAGCGGCCCGUCACGCCGGUCAACAUGGACGACAUCACCGCUCCGCCAGCCAGCAGCGACUCGGAGGAGGACGCACAGGUGUGGCCAGACAUUCACACGCUCGCAAAGAAGCGCCGCCGCCCGUCCGUCACUACCCCAAUGCGCACAGACGACAACCUGUCCAACGUCUCCUCCCCGCCAUCCCUAACGCACUCGCCCAACUUCGCCGAGCGGUCCGCCACCACCAGACAGCGCGGCCGCGCCGCCAAGCGCCACCAUCACCACCACCAGGAGCGAUCCCCCAAGGUCACCACCGCCGACCUCACCAACCUGCUCCCCAAGCGUCGCUACAAGAGGGUACGAGACGACCCGUUCGGCCUCGGCAGCGACGAGGAGUUUGACACGGCGGACCUGGCGCAGGAUGACGACGAGCUCUCGUACCUGGACGCCCGGGCCGCGCGCAAGAGAAAGGGCAACAACAGCCGCUCCCGCAGCCGAGCGGCAUCCGCUCGCCCAGGCUCCCGCGCCGGGUCCCGCGUCCGCGGCAACGCCUCGGUCCUGAAGCCGAAGCAGACGCCCGCCUCGGAGCGCCGCUCCGCGCGCAUUGGCGGUGGCAACAGUAGCAGCAGCAGCAAAAAGACGUACCAGCACCGUCGGUCCUCGGACAAGGAAAACGAGAGCGGCGGUGAUGAUGACAAUGAGGAGGGGGAGGAGGAGGAGGAAGAGGGCGAGGGGCUGAGCCAGUUCGUGCCCCUGCCCGACGACACGUUCGAGAUGGGGUCCACGGGCGGCGAUGCGACUACGGGGGACCGCCGCCGCGACUUUGCCACGACGGAGGAGCUGCAGCAGGCGGCCAAGAAGUUCAAGGAGGUGGACAGGUGGGAGCUCGAGUACGAGGAGGUGACCGAGACGCCGUCUCCGGAAGACGCCCGGUAG